UCAUAAAUCACUGUCACAUAUGAGGUUAUCGUCAUUGGAUCAUCCGAGCUGCGACCAUCAACAGGAGACUCAUCAACUGCAGAAGCAUUUGCCUCAAACCAUGGGAGCAGAAAGCCAGGAGAAGAUUGCCAGUGGAGAGACAGGGGAAUUGGAUAGAAGUGGCUUCUCAGCUCAACAUCCAUCUGGCAAUUCUUCAGAAUGUAAACCGGGGCCAGCCCAUCAGAGUAAUCAGGAAGACAUGCGUCAAAACAGUCAGACAAUGAUGAGUGAUCCAUUAAACAACAAGGCUGCAAACGUCAAUGGUUUGAAGCAGUCCACACGAGACCGCAAUCCACAGUGUUUCAACCGAGAAGCAUUGUCCCCAAAGGAAACAUCAGUCCCCGAGGAUGUUGACCAUUUUAUAUCCACGGAGUCAAUGGAUAUGGAGGGGGAAGAUUCCCCUUUGUCCUCAGUGGACCAAGUCACUCAACUCAAUAAGGAGCUGGAUUCAAUUUCAAACAUUCCUCAGAGACAGAGGGAAGCCGAGGCAUUACAGAUGGGUCACAGCUAUAGCCACACUCCACCAAGGUUGAGCCACAAUGCUCCUGUGGAGAUCGAGAGGUUGCAGCAAUUCCAAACACAAAAGACAAAGGCCUUGAGGAUCUUCAGAAAUCUACUGGCAUCACAAGCCUCUGGAGUGCCCAGCUUGGAGACCAAACAGGUCUCCAACAUUCAAAACCUUAACUUUUUGGAGAAAUAUUGCAUUUUCAAUCGUGAGGAGUUGGCACUGUACAAAAAGAAGUUUAAAGAGGUGGAUAAAGAUAAUGACGGCUACUUGACUUGUGUUGAAGUAAUAAUGGCUCUGAAAGAAAUGGUCACAUUUGAGACACUCACUGACUCUGAAGAAAUUUAUAUUUACAGGAUACUGGAGAGCCUGGACUGCCACUUCAUCGAAGGCUUCGCCAAUUUCCAGCUGUUUGCAGUGAUGGUUAGCCUGGCCCGGAAAAUUACCAAACUGGAGGGAUUCAUGAGAUCACUGAUAGGAAACAUGGAUUUCAAAGCCCUAGAACUGAGGAUAGACAGAGCCAAGCAACUCUUCCUGUGUAAUUUGGAAACAGAAUCAACCACAAUCAGCGUGCAGCAGUUCCUGGUGGAGUUGAAAGCUGGUGGAAUCAGCAGAAUCCAUGAGGAGGAAGUCAGAAGGGAACUCCAACACACAAAGGCAUUAGACCUGCUGGAUUUUCUCACCUACCUACCACUUUUUGUCCUCAUCCAUAACUCAGUCAUCACAAACCCAUUGGAUGAUUCCCAGAAGCUCUGAGUUUUGCAAUAGGCAUAACAUGCUCUUUCUCAGAAAA